AUGGAUGAGAAGAAGGUUGUGCUAUUUGCAAGAUCUUCUAAGUCACACAACCUGAGUAUGGGUAUAGUGGGGCUUCCGAAUGCAGGAAAGUCCACGCUGUUCAACUUUUUGACAAAGAGUACAGUGCCUGCAGAGAACUAUCCGUUCUGUACAAUUGAUCCAUCUGAGGGGCGAGUUGAGAUUGAGGAUGAAAGGAUGGACUUUCUUGUGGAGAAGUAUAAACCACAGAAUGUAAAGAAGGCGUAUUUGAGCAUUACGGACAUAGCAGGACUUGUGAAGGGAGCAAGUAUAGGACUUGGAUUAGGGAAUCAUUUUCUUGACCAUAUCAGAAAUGUAGAUGGGAUAUUCCAUGUAGUGAGGUGCUUUGAGGAUCCGAAUGUAGCGCAUUUUGAAGACACAGUGUAUCCCAUACGAGACAUCGACACAGUGAAUGAAGAACUCCGACUGAAGGAUCUUGAAACGCUAUCGAAGCAUGCAGAGAAGAUGCAGAAGGAGAUUCGGGCGAAAACUCUUGACAAGAAGCUCAAGGACCAGGUAUUGUUGGUUGACAGGCUACUUGAAAUACUGAAGGUUGAAUGGGUAAAUCAGCACACGUUCAAAGAUGACGAGAUUGCAUACAUCAGCACGCUGAAUCUACUCACAGUUAAGAAUGUUGUGUAUCUUGCAAACAUCAGCGACGAGGACUAUGAGCAGCGCCGUUUAAACAAGCAUGUACGGGCAGUUAUCAAGAAGUAUGGGGCUGAUGUUAUUGUUUUCAGUGCAGCGUAUGAAAGCAGAAGCGAAUCUAGGGUAUUUUUGGAAAAGGUUAUCAAGAAAGGAUAUGAGCUGUUAAACCUGAUUAACUUCUUCACAGUUGGGCAUGAUGAAGUAAAGAGCUGGAUCAUAAGAAGAGGAAGCAGUGCACCAUGUGCUGGAGGUGUGAUUCACUCUGACUUCAAGAACUACUUUAUUAUGGCAGAAGUGAUGUCUUUUGAAGAUUUCAAAGAGUACGGGAGUGAAGUAGAAGUAAAGAAGGCUGGAAAGUAUUAUCAACGGGGAAAAGCUUACAUUGUAAAUGAUGGGGACAUCAUCCUGUUCAAAAACAAUCCUCCGAAGUCUGGAAGUAAGAAGAAGUGA